AUGCCAUCAUCAUUUAACAAUGCUAUUGACCAUAGCAACACUGAUUUGACUUCCCCUUCUGUUCCUAAUAAUUCUCCUGACAGCAGUGGUACUCCUCAAUCUCCCUAUAAUCCUAUAUCCCCUUUACCCUUUAGCCCCUCUGCUGUUACAUCCCCUCACAAUUCUUCUAGUACAUCUAGUCCUUCUACUGCCACAUCUUUUCCUGUGCCUUCUGACCAAAAUCAGAAUCCUCCUGUCUCUUCUCCUGAGUUGUCUAAUCAGUCCAUAGCCUUCCCUACUCCUAUUCCUCCUAUAAGGCAAUCCAGCAGAACCUCCAAUCCUCCUAGCUACUUAUCUGAUUAUCACUGUGCUAACGCCACUGGUGGUAACAUAAUCUCUGUUAUUCUGUGUAGAGCUAAAGUCGAUGAGAUCUGGCGAGGGAAGCGGUUGAAGAUCUGUAUCCGGGUUGACACCGUAGUAAGGUCUAAGGAUUCCUCUGUAGCGGUGCCUUCUAAGUAG